AUCAAUCACGGAAAGGAAAAUGGUGGUGGAGCGAACGGCGUGGUUCCCCUGUGAGGCAGCGACUGUACCCGUCGAUCUACAACGUAGAGGCGCCGCCCGGUCAGAAACCGUCUCCUGAUAACCGCUCGGUUUAGCCAUGCCCCGAUCACGCCGGGGAGAAGGAUCCCGCCGAGGCGGGCGAGGUGCUCGUAGCAACCCCAAGAUGGAGUCUCCAGCAAGUGAUGAUGAAGCAGCUAGUGAAGUGCUCAGUCAUUACAGCAGUGCCAGUGAAAGUGCCAGUAUAGCUGAGGAAGUGACUGGAGGGGAAGCAGUAGAUGAGCAAGCACAGCAAGAGGAGAUGGAAGAUAAAUUGAAAGAAUGCAUUGACAAUGUAAUGGACAAAAGUGCCAAGACCCGGCAGGCUGCCCUCGAGAGCCUGCGGCUAGCAUUCUCCUCCAAGACGCUCUUUGACUUCCUGUUGGAACGCAGGCUCACCGUCACAGAUUCCUUAGAGAAGUGCCUGAAGAAAGGUAAAGGGGAGGAGCAGGCCCUUGCUGCUACUGUUCUUACACUACUGUGCCUUCAGAUGGGCUCAGGGCCAGAAGGUGAGGAGAUCUUUCGCAGUCUGAAGCCGCUCCUCAUCACCAUCCUGACUGACUCCUCAGCCAGCCCUGUUGCUCGGCAGAGCUGUGCAACCGCUCUUGGGAUGUGCUGCUAUGUUGCUGCUGCAGAUAUGGAGGACCUGGUAACCUGUCUGGUCUGCCUGGAAGGUAUCUUUGCCACUUCAUGCAGCGAGGAUGCCAGCUUGGCACCCACCCACCACAGUCCUCUACUCCAGAUCUUGCAUUGCAAUGCACUUCUGUCUUGGUCGCUGCUCCUCACCAUCUGCCCAAGCACCCAGAUUAAGAAGAUCCUGGAUGAACAUUUACCUAAACUGUCUCUGAUGCUCUCCAGUGAUAAUGUCAACCUGCGGAUUGUGGCCGGUGAAACAAUUGCACUUCUAUUUGAACUGGCCCGGGACAUAGAGGAGGACUUCUUUUAUGAGGACACUGACCUGCUGUGCACCAAACUAAAAGCCUUGGCCACUGACAGCAACAAGUAUCGAGCCAAAACAGACCGACGCAAGCAACGCUCCAUCUUCCGUGAUGUCCUGCAUUAUAUUGAGAAUGGGGAGUGCCAUGAGGAGACCAUCAAGUUUGGACUGGAGUGCAUGUAUGUGGACAGUUGGGCAAGGAGAAGAACAUACAAUGCCUUCAAAGAGGCUCUUGGUUCCGGUGUCAGACACCACCUGCAGAACAAUGAGUUGUUACGGGACACAUUUGAACUGGGUCCGCCACUAGUCCUGGAUGCAGCCACUGUUAAAGCGAACAAGAUCUCACGCUUUGAGAAGCACCUGUAUAAUUCAGCUGCCUUCAAAGCCCGAACGAAAGCAAGGAGCCGUGUUCGAGAUAAGCGAGCUGACGUCCUCUGAGGACUUCUUUCCUUCUCCUCUUCCUGCCUUCCAUAGAAGCCAAUGAACUACCACAGACCCGGACCACUGUGAACCUUGCAAGAGUGGAGAGAUCCUGAGGCAGAAGCCCCCACAAGGCCUCAGCCCAUUGAAAAAUUGGGCUUGGGCCCUGUCCCCCUCAACACCCCCCCACCUUUCUUUGGGGGCUUUUAUAUAUGUACAGAAUAAUAUUUAAAUGUCUUGGAUGUUUGAAUUAUGGUGGGAUGACAAUGGGCAGGCGCCAUUUUUAUUUUUUUAACCAAAAAUUUAAGCGAGGUUAGGUGGUGGGGAGAUUUUUCUCUCACCCCUGCUGCUUUUUUUAAGCCAGUAAUUUUUUAACCCCUUUCCCCCUAUCUCCAUUACUGAAUGUAUUAAUCAAAGACUGAAACUUCUCCCUUUGCCUCCUGCAGUUGUGAAUUUUCCCAGUGAGGACUUUGGUGGAGAAGGUGGUUUUAGGAUAAGGUUAUCAACAGCAGCAUCCAAAAUGGAGGCUGUGAAAGGACUGGUUUGAGGUUGGGUGCCUUGGGAUUUUCCCCUCUGGUAUAUUUGCUGUGAGAAGGAUGAAAUGGACUUUAGAAAUCAGUGUAGAUGAUUAAAAGUUAGGCUUCAUAGCACAUGAAGAAAUUAUACCUCUUCUCUCUUGACACAGUUGGUUAACAUUAUUGGCCAAAUUCUUGUAUCAUAUUUAUCACCACUUGUUGUUUUCUUCCUGCUCUUUGGGAGUCAGCUUUGCUCCUCACUUUAUUUAUUUUUAAUGGGAAAUUACUCUAUUUUGAUGACAAAAGGAGAAGCCAAACAAAGCUGAGCCUCAGGCUGAAACAAGGCAUU